GUCUCCACCUCCUGCGCAUCGUCACCGAGUUCCCGACUCUCGCCUUCCGCCGCCCGUCCAGGAUUCCGCCGACGAGGAGGACGCAGCCUCUCGUCCAGCACUCGUUCGACGAGGAGGACGCCGCCGCCUCGCGGCUCGUCUGACCACGCCGACGGCGACUUGCAUUGCCUCGUAUCACCACUGACAGGGAGUACAAUUCCCAAGUCGCUUCCCUUUUUCCGGGAGUGUUGGUACCGGCCGGUGCCAUGGACCGGGAUCCCGGGGGUAUCUUUCGCGGCGACAGUGAUGAGGAUGAAGGCAGCCUCGAUGAGAGAUUGGCGAACAAGGAGAUGGUUGUUUACCUCAUAGACGCCUCGCCCAAGAUGUUGGCGCUUGCCCAGCCGGAUAAAAAUCAGGAGACUCAUUUUCAUACCACAGUGAACCACAUCACGCAGUCCAUGAAGACACAGAAAAUCAAGAGGCCGCUUGACGAAGUUGCAAUAUGUUUCUUUAACACCAAAGAAAAGAGAAAUUUACAGGAUCUGGCUGGCGUAUAUGUUUACAAUGCCACAGAAAGAGAUUCUCUCGAUAGGCCUAAUGAAGGAUUGAUUACCGAGUUUUCUUGCAUAGAAGAUUCUUUUAUGAACAACAUUGGAAGUCAAUAUGGAAUGACCUCUGGAUCUAAGGAAAAUGCCCUGUACAAUGCUCUUUGGGUUGCACAGGCACUACUGUGCAAAGGAUCUCUGAGGACUCUGAGUAAGAGAAUUCUCAUAUUCACCAACCAGGAUGAUCCUUUUAUUGGCAUUACAGGAGCAGCAAAGACUGAUAUGAUUAGGAGAAUGAUUCAAUAUGGAAAAGAUGCACGAGCUCUUGGCCUGUCUAUCGAACUUCCAUUGAGCAAGUCUGAUGAGAAUUUCAACAUGUCCCUGUUUUAUGCGGAUUUGAUUGGUCUGGACGAGGAUGAAAUAGUGCCAUAUAUGCCAUCUUCUGGUGAAAAGAUGGCUGCUGACAACAAGAUGCAUUUCCUGAAGCUGGAGGAGGAGGUGGUGAUCCCGACUACGUUCAAAUGUGCCAUUACUUAUGACUUGCUCUUCAAACCGGUGGUCUUGGUUUGUGGACACACCUUCUCGUUCUGGAGUAUUGCUGAGCAUAUGAGCAUCUUAGUUGACACUCUAUGCCCCUUGUGCAAGACGCAGUUUGCACAUUUUCCAAAAAUAUGUGAGACUUAUCAUACUUUGGUUAAGAAAUUGAAACCAGCGGAGUAUGCAAGAGUUGAAGCGGAAUUUUUAGAACAAGAGAGAAGCUUGGGGAGAUCAUCUCCACCAGUUGAUGUUGGUUUGCAGGAUGAGCUUUGUUUUGAGUGUAACAAGCUACUAUACAAGCCAUCAGUCUUAAAUUGUGGACACGUUUGUUGCAAAAGCUGCUUGCCAUCUAGUGAUGGGCUAUUGGCAUGCAAGCGUUGCGGAGUGUUCAUCCAGGGAAGUUUCCCUCUGUGUGCAUUUCUCUGGAUGAGAUCAUCCAAGAGUUCUUCCCGCGGGAGUACGCUGCAAGGGCUGAGGCUGUUGGACUAAGUUUUGAGCCUUUAUCAUCGGGUAGUUCGCUCAACAAUGAUAGCAGAAGCAUGCCUCACAGGGUUGGCAAUGUGCACGUUGGUGUUGGAUGUGACAAUUGUGGAGCAGAACCGAUUCGAGGUAACAGGUAUAGCUGCAUGGACUGUGCGGUGGGUUACGAUCUUUGUGAAGACUGCCAUUCAAAGGGGUCAACAUGCGGGGGGCGAUUUAACCAGCAACACCUGCCUGGCCAUAGAAUGGAAGCUAACAAUACACUGCUCCUGAAAAAUGUUAUGGACUACAACAGUAUCACAGAUAAUGAGCUAUGGAACGACAAUGAGCAGCCUCAGCCAGGGGGUGAGGAGCAUGAUGAGGAUAAUGGGGUGGAGGAAUAUGCGGAAGAUGAGGAAUAUGAGGAAGAUGAGGAGGAUGUUGAGGAUGUCGAUGAGGAACGUACAACCUGCAGAAUUGUGUAACUGCGGCUCAUGUUGAAUCGUGAUGCCAUAUACUCAUGUUGAAUUCUUAAGUGAUUAUCGCUUCACUAAGAGUUGCUUUGUAACCAAACAAUUAGGGAUUUUAGUCUGAUUAAUGGAUACAACAUAAUCUGGUAACUAAA